GAAGGAAGGAGGCUGUACACUGAUAAAUUAGUUCCUCGGUUUUCUGCAGAGGUUUUCACAGCAAGAGUCCGAGACCAGAGGGGGCGGAGCUAAGCUGCUGCUGAUGAUUCAUGAAUGAAGCUCUGCACUGAUUGGCUGAUGUGUCCUGAUUAGAAGCAGCGUCGGAGCAGAUUACUGUCUCUGUAAUGAUCCGUCUGCUGACCAGAGCGUCUGUAGAUUAUAAAUACAGCUGAUUGUUGUGAGCAGCUCAUUCAACCUGCUGUGGUCCUCUUCAUCAUCAUCAUCACCACUGCUGCUGCUUCAGGUGAAGAUUCUUCAUCAUGAGUCCAAAACAUGUCGUCUACAAGAAGGUUUCCAGAGACAAGUCGGUGGCCGUCUACAUGGCAAAGAGAGAUUUUGUGGAUCACUGUGACUUCGUUGAUCCAGUCGACGGCGUCAUCCUGAUCGAUCCGGUGCAGCUGAAGGGGAGGAAAGUCUACGUGAUGCUGUCGUGUACGUUCCGCUACGGCCGCCAGGACAUGGAUGUGAUGGGCGUGGCCUUCAGGAGGGAUCUGUUCGUGGUCACCCGGCAGGUUUAUCCUGAGCUGCAGGACAAAGAGAAGCUGACCCACAACAAGAUCCAGCAGAAGCUGCUGAGAAAGCUGGGAGACAACGCCUUUCCCUUCUUCUUCGAGUUUCCAGACAACCUUCCGUGUUCUGUGGCUCUGCAGCCUGGACCGUCUGACGUAGGGAAGAAAUGUGCCGUGGAGUUCGAGGUGAAGGCGUUCUGUGGAGAGAUCCAGGACGACAAGGUCGACAAACAGAGUUCUGUUCGUCUCAACAUCAGGAAGAUCCAGUUCAGUCCGGAGAGCAGUAAAGUUGUUCCAACAGCAGAAACCACCUUCGAGUUCCUGAUGUCUGAGAAACCUCUGCAUGUUAAACUGAGCCUCCCUAAAGAGACCUUCUAUCACGGUGAGCCGCUCAAAGCCAACGUUGAAAUCACCAACUCAUCCAGCAGGAACAUCAAAGACAUCAGUGUGUCAGUUGAGCAGGUGACCAACGUUGUUCUUUACUCCAACGACAAAUACGUCAAAUCUGUGGCCAAAGAAGAGACCAGCGACUCUGUGCCCUCCGGUACCAGCCUGAAGAAGGAGUACACCCUGUAUCCUCUGCUGGCUCAUAAUAAGGACCGAAGGGGACUCGCUCUGGACGGACGACUCAAACAUGAAGAUACCAACCUGGCUUCAUCCAGCAUUGUGAAACAGGAAGUGCUGAAGGAGGUUCAGGGGAUGUUGGUCUCCUAUAAGGUGGUGGUGAGGAUGAUCGCCUCAGGGAUGGUGGGAUCAAGUGAAGUGUCUCUGGAGGUUCCCUUCAGGCUGAUGAAUCCCAAACCUGAACCAGCUCCAGUCAAGGAGAGUGAACCAGAAGACAUGGUGUUUGAGGACUUUAAACGGGCCUAUCUGAAGGGAAUCGUCUACGGAGAUGACGACGAGUCGCCCACCGAGGCCUGAACUACAAAGAUGGCCAACAGGGCGGUCACCGUCCAGUUUGGUUCUUCAUCCUGCUCACCGUGGUUAUUUUUAGUGAGUGUUUCCUGUAGCUCCACCCUCAGGACAAAAUAAACCAUCCGGAUGAGUGUGGCUGUAAAGCACUCCGCAGCCUGGAGGGGGCGCUAGCAGGAAGCAACAUCAUUAACAGGUGUAACAAAACAACUCUGUCACCUAGAAAUGACCUUCAAAUUUAAAUAUACGGCUCCCUCUGAAAGAAAGUACCUCACUGAUUGUAGUACUUUUACUGUUAAUGAGGUAUUUUAAAUUAAGUACGUAAGUAGUCUGACUCACUGGAUGUAGACUUCAAGUACAAGACUCCCACUGGAAGUAUAUUUCAUACAGCUUUACCCCCACAGCAGAAUGAUAGUAAGGUGUAGCAGACCAUUCUACAUUAUAGCACGGUCAGACCAUUCUACAGCAUAGAAUAGUCAGACCAUUCUACAGUAUAGAAGGGUCAGAUCAUUCUACAAUAUAGAAUGGUCAGACCAUUCUACAGUAUAGAACGGUCAGAUCAUUCUACAGUAUAGAAUAGUCAGAUCAUCUACAGUAUAGAACGUCAGAUCAUUCUACAGUAUAGAACAGUCAGACCAUUCUACAGUAUUGAACAGUCAGACCAUUCUACAGUAUAGAAUAGUCAGAUCAUCUACAGUAUAGAACAGUCAGACCAUUCUGUACUGUCGAAUGGUCUGACUCUGAGACUAGUGAGUAGAGGAUGAGUAGUUUCUCCUCCGCUGACUCAGGUGGUGAGUAGUUGAACCAUUCUGCCAUCGAGAUUCCCAAACAUGUUACAGAACAAUUUAAAUUUAAUUUCAAUUUGCGUAAAGUUUUCAGAGUUCGGUGUGACUCUGACAGAAGGUGGUGAAGCUCAGCGCUCUGUGCCACAAAUAAAAUACUGUACGUCUUUUUGUUCUGAACAUGAAUUCAAACCCUCAUGUGGAAAAAUGAUGUCUUUGAAGCUAGCAACUUGUGACCCAGAUUUAGGUUUUAUUAUGAUGACACUGUCUAGUGGUAGAAGUAAAACAGGAAGUCUAUUUAUAGAGCCACAGAGUCUGUGUUGGGAGGAGGUUGGGGUUGAUGGAUGGGACAGCUUUAGAGACGACUGCGGUUGAUUUACAGAAAUACGAACAAGCCCAGUUGUUUUUCCUCUGCAAAAGAAUAACGUGAGGGGCGUCAGAUCAUUCUGUACUGUAGAAUGGUCUGACUAUGUGAGACGAGAUUAAUAUUUAUGGUUUCUGUUGAAGAGAAGUUGUUAAGUGAAUGUGAUGACUGAACAUAAAUAUCAGCUAAAGAUGGUUCUUGGUUCUGAAAACACUGUCGUCUCAAACUCAGAAAACGUCUUGACUUGAACGCAGCCUGUUUAUAUCCAUCGACCAAAACCACCAACACUGAGCAGCUUCUGUUGAGUCUGGACUGUUUCCACCCUCCAUCCAACCUGAGCUCCUCCUGCAGCUUAAUAAUGUGGAGUUUCACUUCAAACUCCUGCUGUCAAAAUAGCAGGUUUUUGAUUGGUUUUUAAUGCCACAUAUAAAGAAAAAAUUGAACACAGUAAUAAAGAUAUCCCUCAGAUUUGUCUGUAACCUCGUUUAUUGUGUGUUUUAUCUCUUUUUUGGCAUAUGACAAAUGACAUUUACGACAUUAUCAUGAGUGUAUUAUUAACUUUAAGGUGUUUCAGGAAGGCAGAGUUCAACAGUUUUUCUAUCAUCAGUUCUUCUGAUCAUCAUCCCUUAAUGAGCAGUUUGGUUUUAGAUGAAGAAAACGGUGAAAAUGUUUCAUUUGCAGGCCAGUCUGUGUUAUUGAGACUUAUGUAGAUGUCUGUAGUGGUAUUACAGUGUAAAAACUGCUUAAACUAUUAAUCUGUCUAAUAGACUGUUUACAGCUGAAAUGUGUUUGUAGGUUUAAUUAAAACCUGAUAGUUGAGUUUAUUACUGGUAGAAACCUCUUUAUGUUUCUGUCUCUUUACAUGAUGUUGUAGUCAGAAAUGUUUUUCUUACAGUUCAGCAACAACGAAUAAAAGAUUCUCUGAGGAUUUUACUGAA